AGAUUUAACAUUUUACAACACUGCGCAUAAUUGCUACUUGUGCCUGCUGUCGGCGUUCACAACCUCUACGGUUUUAACUACUUUUGUUUUGGCCUAUUACAUCUAACAAAAUAAGAUUUAUAGCUACUAUUAAAAAGAAAUGUUUUCCUAAGCAAGUGAUUGUUUCCUGCAUACUGCUUUAAGCAACAAUGUCGCAAACAAAGAAUAUGCCCAAAGAUGGGCAAGUCAUAAUGGCAAUUAUGAAAGAAAUGGGCAUAACUGAGUAUGAGCCUCGAACUGUUAUUCAGUUGACUGAAUUUGUAUAUCGAUAUGGUUCUACAAUAUUGGAAGAAGCACGCCAAUUUGCCAACAAUUCAAAUAAAAGAACACUUGAGUUGGAUCAUGUUAAACUGGCAUUGCAACUUCAGAAUGAGAGCACAUUUACAAUGCCACCUCCAAGAGAGAUUGCUAUUGAAGUAGCAAGAAAUAAAAACAACAUACCACUUCCAUUGAUCAAACCACCUUGUGGAUUACGAUUGCCACCCGAUCGUCAUUGUUUAUCAUCUCCAAACUACCUGCUAAAAACAAAUGCAAAGAAAGUAAAACAAAAUUUCAAUGCCAAGCAAAAUGCUAUGAAACGCGCUAACUUUGGAAUCAGCAAGCAAACUGUGACCAUUCCAAAGGCAUCUGCAAAGAUCUCAAAUGCAAAUGUUCAAGUUCAGAAAACUGUGCUUAAACCCAAAAUUCAGAUAACACAGAAUAUUCAGACUGGGAAAGGAAUAUCUAAUAAUGGUAUUAAUGAUUUGAAAAGAAAAAGGGAGGAUGAUGAGGAAAUUUUAACAAAUAUUUCCAAGUUUUCACGAGUAACAAACAAGCCUUUUACUGCAUCAAGUGACUCCUUGGAAUUUUAACUCACCACCCUAGUUCAAGUAAGACCAGCCACAACUAGAGGGCGCUGCGCAGCCGAAAACUCAAAUGAACAAAUUCAUAUGUACUAAAGGUAAAUUAAACACCUCUUCCAUACAAAUACUACAAAUUGAUCUUAAUACUAUUUAUUAAUAAAUAUUACAUAUCAUGAUUAUAAUAAUUUCCUAUUCUGGAGAGCCGUGCCAUUCGCACGCAUUUUGCUCCUGAUCUAUUUUACAAGUUGUACUUUAAUCAUGGUAUACUCACAAUCACAUAGGAAUAUGUAUUGAUUACUCAGGAUCUCAUCCUUUAAGAUUUUCUCAAGUUUAUUUAAAAUUUGAUUAAAACUAACACAAAUAAAUAAAUUGGUUCAUUUACGUCAACAUUGAAAAAAUAA